UGAUCCUCAUUUACAAGAAUAUAUUUUGAGAAAUAUUGCAACUAUGACCUCAUCAAAGGUUGCUAUGUGACAAAAAUAUAGUGUAACAACAAACAAAAAUUAACAAAAUGUAAUAUAGAACUAAUAUAAUGUAAAAGCACGACAAAUGGAUGGGAAGAUAGAGAGAAAAGUGGAUUAUAAUCCUUCCGUUGAUACAAACCACUGGAAUUCAACAAAAGUAAAAUGUAACAAUAAAAAAGAAUUAGACAAACUAAAAAUUGUUGAAAAGGCACUUGAAAAGGAACGGGAUAUUCAAGCAUUUAGUUACAAAAAAGAAAAGCAAGAAGUCCAAAAACAACUUGACGCAUUUGAGAGAGAAAAACAGAAGAUCAAGGUUAGAAAUGAACCUAAAUCUAAUCAGACGAAAGUAUAUACUGGUCAAAUUCCCGCGAUAACAAAUGUUACAAGGAGCGAGUAUUCUGGCGCUCACGUGAGGCAUAAUCGUGACCAACGUAGUCAUUCAUUCCAUCCUAAGGAACCAAUCGCAACAAAGGUACAUGAUGCAGCAAUUAACAGACUGAAGAUAGAACAGCAAAAGCUCCUGCAAGAUCAAAAAAAGAAGCACAGAUCUGAUAAAGACUUACGUCAAUUGCAUAUGUCACAUGGACGACUUGUUGAUCAUGAACAUGCGAAAAAAUCAUCUCAUCAUACCAGGUUUCCAGCUUUAUCUGAUGCAAAAAUCAAUGAUCGUAGUCGUAGGGCAUCAUUACAAGUACCACAUGAUCAUCACCACUACCAUAGAAGGGGGUCGUUGGUACAUGACCAUGACAACUCCACCAUCGCAGCAAUUCACAAGGAAAAUGUUACACACAAAACUAAAUCACAUCAUAAGCAAAAAGCCCCAUCUAGUUUUCGUGACCUAGUCAGUAAUGGAUCAUCUGGUUCCAGACACGCUCAAAGGAAAAUUGAUCACACGCAGGCAAAAAGUAAUGCUUCAGUGAACUCAGCCUUGUUUGAAAAUGUCUUGAAUGUACACGACCAUGCUUCAAAAUCAAAGCAUCAUCCUCAAACUGGAGAUAAAAAUUUUGUACCAAUGUGGGCAGACCCCAAACAUCACGCCCUUGAUGAGGAAAAACUUCAAGAAUACCAUGACCUGCUGUCGAAAGUGAACCCUAAGGAGCUGGCCCUGUUGAUGUUUAGCCACAUGCAACAUAAUAUGCCAGGCAGCAUAGCACAACACCAAGCCACACCACAUAAACGUAAACUUCUUGCCCUAGAGAUUCUCAUCCGCCAAUUACCAGAUAUUAGAAAGGAGCUCACAAAGUUCAAGUUUGACCCAGUCGAGAUGCUGAGUUGCCGUUACCUUAGACUAUCCAAGAACAAUGUUGAGAGGCUGACAACCAUGUGUGAAGACAGUGGCAUAGAUGUUGGUAUCCACCCUCAUAUGACAGAAAGUCAAGUAACUGAGUUCUUUAACACUACAUUAGGAGAAGUUAGUCCAGAAAAAAGUUUGUCAACACAACAGUAAGACAACCAAAUGCCCCAACUCAAUAACAUUUCAUACAUGUACUUCAGCUAAAAUUAGACUUGAUGUGAGCAUUCAUGAUCAAUAUGGGUCAAAUAUACCUGAAACUGAACUUGACCAAAUCAUCCCAUUAAAAUUAAAGCAACUUAAUAUAACCCUUACAUAUUCGUUAAGGGGACGCAUCAAAAGUUCAAUGUCUGAUAGGAAACUCUUAAAACAUUUGACAACAACAGAAGGCAUAAGAUUCAAUUGCAUACAUUUUGAUGAGAAAGCAUCAUGUAAAAUCUUUAUUUUUAAACCAUUCCAAGGUAUUCCGAUUCAAAAUAGCAAAUGUAUUGAAAUAAAUUGAAAUGGUUUUGACUCCCCCCUAACUAUAUUCAUUUAGUUUCCUAUCAGACAUUGAACUUUUGAUGCCUCCCCUUAUAUGGCAGUAAUCAAACUGCCAUGUUUUCUUGACUGAUAUAAUAAAUCUGUUUAAUACAUAAUUAUAUAUUUCAA